AUGCAACUGGAAGCUUCUUGCGAGUUAUGUCUGCUUCCCCUCGCACUAUGCACAUGCUACUUGACACCAUCAGUAUUCUCAGAGGGCAGUACUAUCAACACUAGUUAUACCAGGAGCUCAAGAGGACAGGCAUGGAUGUCCCCUGCUGACUCCACCUGGUUCAACGUCGGCACUCCGGAAGCAGGCCCUCAACCUGUGUUGGCAUCACCAGAACAAAGUGGUUGGCCUACAUAUCCUCUCCCACUACUAGGUACACAGUUGCUCUACGACGCCCUCGUCCACUGA